AUGGCAGGACUGUCUCAGCUUAUCGUCUUUGGCGACCAAGCGGUCCCUUACGCGGCCGAGUUACGGCGAUUCAUCGCCAAGCGCGAAGACUUUACGCUGGCCAAGCUCCUCUCCGAAGCCUACCACGCACUCAGGGCCGAAAUCGCCCGGCUUCCCUACAGCCAGAGGACUCAGUUCCCGUCUUCCUCUACCCUGACGGAGCUCCUCAACGCCCAUUGCUCCUCCUCCACGACGCCCAGUUGUGCUCUGGACAGCGCCCUGGCCUGUUUGCACCAGAUUGCAGCCUUUGUCUCAUACUUCAACGACACGGGCAAGAAGUACCCAAAGUCGCCAUCAUCAUGCCUGGUCGGAACCUGCAUCGGCCUUCUUUCCGCAUUCGCGAUCAGCUGUAGCGAGAGCAUUCUCGACCUAGUCGACCUCGCUCCCGAUCUCAUCCUUCUCGCCUUUCGGCUGGGACUGGUGGUCCAGAACAGGACCGCCUCGGUGGUGGCGUCCGGCCUCGCCGCGGGCAGCAGCAGCACCACCGCUUCGGAUUCCACUUCGGUGUCCUACGCCGUUUCCGGCAUCGAUGGGGCCACUGCCGCCAGCCUCGUCGACCAGUUUUGCCGGUCUCGGUCCCUCGCCCCGGCGGCCCGCGUCUAUGUGAGCGCCGUCGGUAACGGGAACGUGACCGUGUCGGGCCCUCCGGCACAGUUGCGCGCCUUCCUCUCCCAGCACCCGGAUCUCAAGUCGGCCAGGAUGGCCAUGAGCGGCCUGUUUCACUCGGCCGUCCUCUACGAACCAUCACACAUCGCCGCCGUGCUGGAGACCCUGAGCCCGAGGCUUCGCCGCAGCGUCGGCAGGCUGGACAUCGUGUCCAACUCGGAAGGGGAUCCGCUGAUAAUAGCAUCGGGGAUGGCGGCGGAGCAAACCUUGCACGCCAUCCUCUCCGACAUCCUGUUGCGACCGAUGCGGUGGGAUCUCGUCACCCAGCGGGCAGCCGAGCUGUUCGAGAAAUCAUCAUCGGAGCCUUCGCCGGAGCUGGACGUGCUUCCCUUCGCCGCAGGAAGCGUUCAGGGGCUUGCCACGGCCAUUCGGGAGUCUCGCCGCGGUGGCGAGGCGACGGUGACAGUCGCCGACACGGCCGGACGGCCUCGAAUCCCCUCCGCAGUAGCAGCAGCCGCAGCACCAGGGACCGGGAGCCAGAGGGACAGGGCCAAGAUCGCCAUCAUCGGAUACUCGGGUCGCUUCCCGGAGGCGGACAGCAACGAGGAGUUUUGGAACCUGCUCCUGGCCGGGCUCGACGUUGUCAAGGAGAUCCCCAAGGACCGGUUCGACCCCCAUCUCUACUGCGAUCCGACGGGCAAGAAGCGGAACACCAGCGGGGUCACGAUGGGAUGCUUCGUCAAGCACCCGGAUCUGUUUGACGCCCGCUUCUUCGGCAUGUCGCCGAGAGAGGCCGAGCAGGCGGACCCGGCCCAGCGGCUCGCCCUCAUGACGGCGUACGAGGCCAUGGAGAUGGCCGGCUUCGUCCCGGACUCGUCGCCGUCGACGCAGCGGAACCGGAUCGGGGUCUUCUACGGCACCGCCAGCGAUGACUACCGCGAGGUCAACGCCGGCCAGAACGUCGAUACCUACUUUGUCCCCGGGGGGAGCCGCGCCUUUCUCCCCGCGCGCAUCAACUACCACUUCCGGUUCAGCGGCCCCUCGUUCGACGUCGACACGGCCUGCUCCUCGGGCCUGGCCGCGGUGCACAUCGCGUGCAACUCCCUCUGGAGGGGCGACUGCGACGUGGCCAUCGCCGGGGGGACCAACAUCCUGACCAACCCCGAUAACUGGGCCGGCCUGGACCGCGCCCACUUCCUGACCCGUACGGGCAACUGCAAGACGUUCGACGACGGCGCGGACGGCUACUGUAGGGCCGAGAGCGUGGCCACGGUGCUCCUCAAGAGGCUCGACGACGCGCUCCUAGACGGCGACCCCAUCCAGGCCGUCAUCCUCGGCGCCCUCACCAACCACUCGGCCGAGGCCGUCUCCAUCACCCGGCCGCACUCGGGAGCACAGCGGGCCAUCUUCAGCCGCAUCCUCGAGUCGGCCGACGUCGACAGCUCCGACGUCAGCUACGUCGAGAUGCAUGGGACCGGCACCCAGCACGGCGACGCCUGCGAGAUGGACUCGGUCCUUUCCGUCUUCGCGCCCGACUACUCCUCCCGCCGGCACCAGCCCCUAUAUCUCGGCUCGGCCAAGGCCAACGUCGGCCAUGCCGAGUCGGCCUCGGGCGUCACCUCCCUGAUCAAGGUCCUGCUCAUGAUGGAGAAGGGGCAGAUCCCGCGCCACGUCGGCAUCAAGACCAGGAUCAACAGGAACUUCCCCACCGAUCUCGACCGGAGGAACGUUCGCAUCGCCAUGCAGACGACGCCGUGGCCGAGACCGGAGGAGGAGGCCGGAGACGCCGCCGCUUCUUCGACCGGGAGGCCCAGGCGGGCUUUUGUGAACAACUUCGGAGCCGCCGGCGGCAACUCCUCGGUCCUCCUCGAAGACGCCCCCCCGCGGCGGCCGGUGUCGGGUCGGGAGGACCCGAGGCCCCUGCACGUCGUCGCCGUGUCGGCCAAGUCGCAGUCGGCCCUGAGGCGCAACAUCCGCGCCCUCGCGGACCAUCUCGGCGCCAAUCCCGGCACCCCUAUCGGCUCGCUCGCCUACACGACGACGGCCCGCCGGGUGCACUACAACUUCCGCGCGGCCGUGACCGGCAGGACGAUCGACGAGAUCCGCAGGGGUCUCCUGCUGGCCGAGACGAAGGAGCACUACGCCACCCAGAACGGCGAGGUCCCCGUCGCCUUCUGCUUCACCGGCCAGGGGGCACAAUACCUCGGGAUGGGCCGGAGACUGCUCGAGAUUCCUCAGUUCCGCUCUCUCGUCGCGAACCUCGACGAGAUCGCGAGGCUGCAGGGCUUCGAUCCCGUCCUCCCCGUCAUCGACGGCAGCUGCAGCAACAGCAGCAGCAGCAGCACCACUACCACCCCUCUCGAGACGCUUCUUCUUCCUCCGACCACCGUGCAGCUCGCCAUGACCUGCCUGCAGAUGGCGCUGGGCAAGUUUUGGAUCUCCCUCGGCCUCACCCCCAAGCUCGUCGUCGGGCACAGCCUCGGCGAGUACGCGGCCAUGAACAUCGCCGGCGUCAUGUCCGAUGCCGACACCAUCCACCUCGUCGGCACCCGCGCCGCCCUCCUCGAGAAGCACUGCCGCGUCGGAACCCACACGAUGCUGGCCGUCAGGGCUUCCGCGUCCGAGGUGGCCUCUCUCAUCGCGGCGCGCGCAAACAACCGCAACCGCCACCUCGAGAUCUGCUGCGUAAACGGCCCCGAGGAGACCGUGGUCGGAGGACCCAAUGACGAGAUCGAGUCCUUCGCCUCGUAUCUGCGCGGCAUGUCCAUCAAGGCAACGCAGCUCAAGGUGCAGUUUGCCUUCCACUCCGCCCAGGUCGAGCCGAUGCUGGAGCCGUUCCGCCGGAGCUGCGACGGCGUCACGUUCCGGGAUCCCUCCGUGCCGCUGCUCUCGCCGCUCCUGGGCAGGGUCGUCACCGCCGCCUCGGACUUGGGCAUGCCGUCGAGCUACCUGAGCCGCCACUGCCGCGAGACGGUCAACUUUUACGACUCCCUGCGGGCCGCAAAGUCGACGGGGGCCAUCUCGGACAAGACGGUUUGGCUCGAGAUCGGGCCUCACCCGACGUGCUCCAACAGCCUCAAGGCCUCGCUCGCGUCGUCGUCCUCUUCCACUACUACUACUACUACUACCAGAAUCUUCCCGACCUUGCGCCGCGGCGAGGACGACUGGUCCGUUCUCGUUCCCACCCUGGCUUCUCUAUACGAGUCGGGCGUCGCGCUCAGCUGGGACGAUUACCACCGCGGCUUCAAGGACAACCUGACCGUUCUGAGGCUCCCUUCGUACCGCUGGGAUCUCAAGAGCUACUGGAUCCCUUACGUCCACGACUGGUGCCUGACCAAGGGCCUGCCCCCCCCGGUCCAGUGCAACCACCACGAGCUGACCCCCAAGGCGUUGCCUGCCAAGCCCAAGGAACCUUUCACCAUCUCCGUCCAGGAUCUGGUGGAGGAGAAGUACGGCAGCGACGAGUCGCGGAUCGUGGCCAGAUCGGACGCACAACACCCGGAGUUCGCGGCCAUCCUCCGGGCGCACAGGGUCAAUGGCCAGCCCGUCUGUUCCUCGGCCGUCUUCGCCGAUAUGGCGCUCACCUUGUUCGCUCGGCUGCUUGAGAAGUCGCCGGUCGCCUUCGACAAGACCGACCUGGGCGUCGAGGUCCGCAACAUGGUUGCCGACAAGUCCCUCAUCCUCAACAACGAGCCGUCGCAGCUGGUCGAGAUGAAGGCCCAGGUCCGGUGGUCGACCAGGCAGGCCACCUUCUCCCUGUCCAGCAUCGACCCGCGCAGCGGAAAGCAGACUGCCCACCACGCCAAGUGCACCGGCACCUACUCGCCGAUCAGCGGCUGGAAGACGGAAUGGGGCCGGCGGCAGUACCUGGUUCAGGGGAGGGUGGAUCACCUGCGGCAGGCGGUCGACGAGGACGACUCGGGCGUGUCCCGGAUCAAGACGGGCAUGUUCUACAAGCUCUUCAGCUCGCUCGUCGAUUACGAGCCCCCGUUCAGGGGCUGCCGAGAGCUCAUCAUGCGGUCGGCCGACUUCGAGUCCACGGCCAAGGUCAAGUUCGACAACACGCCCGCGGGCACGGCCGACAGGUUCAAGUACCCGCCCUACUGGCUCGACAGCCUCGGCCAGAUCACCGGCUUCACCAUGAACGCCAACGACACCCUCGACUCGAACGAGCAGGUCUUCAUCAACCACGGGUGGGAGAACAUGAGGCUCUCGGAGCCGCUCUCCGACGCUCUUACCUACCAGACCUACGUCAAGAUGCAGGAGAACGGCGACCACCGCUCUUACGUCGGCGACGUCUACGUCUUCAACCCGCUGUCGAACCGCAUCAUCGCCGUGUACGAGGGUGUCACCUUCUCGGCCGUUCCGAGGAAGAUUCUCGACAAGGUCCUGCCCCGCCCGGCCGCCGGUGCCCCUGCUACCACGACUACCACCACCAGCACCACCACCACCACUACUACUACUGCUGCUGCUGCUGCUGCUACCGGCAGUAAGCCAGUCCUUAUGCCGUCUCCGCCGAUCGCAAAGCAGCAGCCGGCCGCUACCUCUGUGGCCGCCGCGGAUAAACUCCGCGCUAUCAUCUCGGAGGAAGUCGGCGCUCCCAUCGCGGAGGUCGUCGACAGUGUUGACCUUGCCGACCUAGGGGUCGACUCCCUCCUGGCCCUGACCCUGUCAGACCGCAUCCUCGAAGAACUAGGCACCAAGGUCGACUCGGCCUCGUUCAUCUCGGGCCUCAGGUUCCAGGAUCUCGUAAAGCUCGUUACAGGAGGAGACCAAGUUUCAGUCUCCGACGCACCCUCCUCCCCUGCGGCCCCAUUCAUCGAGCAAGGGUCGGCAGUCCCGUCGCCGCAGGCCGUUGCCGCCAAGGAAUCCUCACGCGGGGGCCGGGCGGAGGCGGAGGCGGCAGCAGACAAGCUCCGGGCCAUCAUUGCCGAGGAAGUCGGCGCUCCGAUCGCCGACGUGGUCGACGACGUCGAGCUCGCCGACCUGGGGGUCGACUCUCUCCUGGCCCUGACCAUGGCGGACCGCAUCCUCGAGGAGCUCGACACCAAGGUCGACUCCUCCCUGUUCAUCUCGGGUCUCAAGUUCGGCGAUCUCGUCCGCAUCGUGACAGGAGGAGCCACCGCCGGCGGCGGCGCCGGCGCCGGGAUCUCGGAAUCCUCCUCCUCCACCUCGUCGGUCAGUUCUUCGACCCCUUCCAUGUCGUCGUCGCCGCCCAGCGGACCCCAGGCCGUUCUUCGUGACGAGGAGGCAGUCGCGGUUCCCGACAGAAGCGGCACCGACACGCCCCUCUCGUCCCCGUCGCUCUCGCCGACUCCCCGGUCGGACAGCGACUGCUACUUCGUCGACAGCCGAGACGUCGACACAUUCACACGUAAGCCCCCCGCCCGCCCCCUCCCUCCCCCCGUCUUCCGCCACUCCCCUUCUUCUCUCUCGGCCUCGCGUGGUGGCAGGUCUGGCCGCCUGCCUCGCGUGGCUUCCUCCUUUGCGACCGCAACCACAGACCGUCCUCGCCCCCCUUCUUCCUUCACGGCCAAGCUGACUCUUGCAUGGGGGGAUGAUGAUGACUUAGCAGCAGCAGCAGAGCCCGAACCGCCCGCGUUUAAGUGCCCGCCGGCGACUUCGGUCCUCCUCCAAGGCGACCCGUCGGCGGCCACCAAGACGCUCUGGCUGUUCCCGGACGGCUCCGGCCUGGCCAUCUCGUACCUCGACAUCCCCGACCUGGCCGACGACGUGGCCGUGUACGGGCUCAACAGCCCCUUCGUCAAGAACACCGACGGCAUGGACCGCUGCCGCUUCGACGACCUCGUCUCCGCCUACCUGACCGAGCUGCGCCGCCGCCAGCCCCGCGGGCCCUACCUCGUCGGCGGCUGGUCGGCCGGCGGCCUGUGCGCGUACCGGGCCGCGCAGCGGCUGCGCGACCAGUACGGCGAGGAGGUGGCCGGCCUGGUGCUGAUCGACAGCCCGCGCCCGGGAGGGCGCAAGCGGCUGCCGGCGCGGCUGUACGACGAGUUCGUCCGGCGCGGCAUCUUCGGCACCGCCCCCGGCAGGAAGCCGCCGCCCGCCUGGCUGCUCUCGCACUUCACCGGCUUCUCCUCCAUGCUCGACACCGUCGACCUCCUGCCCUGGGGUGGGGGUGGGGGCGGCGGCGGCCCGCGGAGGAGGAGCCUGCCGACGUGGAUCGUCUGGGGCGCGAACGGGGUCGACGAGGAAGAGACGAUCGAGAUCCGUCCCGACGACCCGGCCAACAUGGCCUGGUUGCUGAGACGGCGCCGGCCCGAGCAGCUGGGCGCCAAUGGCUGGGAUGCUCUCGUGGGCGGGGACCGGAUCCGGAUCGAGGUCGUCCAAGGGGCCAACCACUUCAGCUUGAUGCGGAAGCCGGCUGUCAUGCAACUGGGCUCGUUUCUUAAGAAGGUCGUUUCCUAGGAUGGAUGGAUGGACGUCAGCCGGGAGGUUUUUUUCUCUUUUAUCUUUUUUUCUUGUCUUGUCUUCCGCCUAUUUGGUGUGUUUUUCCAUUCCUGUUCAUUGCAGUUUGUUUGUCGGAGAUGAUGCGCUUUGCACGUUCUAAACAAACCAACAUUUGAUUUGAUUCUCACAUCCCGCGUGAACUGCCAGUGUUCCGAACGUUCUAGUGAGGUGAUCUCUCACUGGAGGAAGGAGUAUGGCACUCCUAAGUACCAGAGGAGAGGAAUUCGAAGAGGGUCAUCAAUUCAUUGGUGUCCUGUAGGGCAUCUAAUAAUUAUCUGAGCCAUCUACUAGGCUGAAGAACAAGUCAUCCUUACAUUU